AUGGGAAACAACAACAGCUCCACGGUGGACGACCUGCAGGCAGUGGAGAUCCACCAUUGGUACAAGAAGUUCAUGACAGAGUGUCCCUCUGGGCAGCUGACAGAGCACGAGUUCAAGCAGUUCUUCGGGCUGCGGGGCUUGGACCCCCAGGCCAACGAGUACAUCGAGCAGAUGUUCCGUACCUUCGACAUGAACAAGGAUGGGUACAUCGACUUCAUGGAGUACGUGGCAGCCCUCAGCCUGGUGCUGCGCGGGAAGAUGGAGCAGAAGCUGCGCUGGUACUUCAAGCUGUACGACGUGGAUGGGAACGGCUGCAUCGACCGCCACGAGCUGCUCAACAUCAUCAAGGCCAUCCGUGCCAUCAAUGGUGGUGACCACGAGACGAGCGCGGAGGAGUUCACCAACCGCGUCUUCAACAAAAUCGAUGUGAACGGAGACGGGGAACUUUCCCUGGAUGAAUUUGUGGAGGGAGCAAGGAAGGACGACGAGUUCAUGGAGGUGAUGAUGAAGAGUUUGGAUCUGUCUCACAUCGUGGCCAUGAUCAACAACCGCCGGCACAGCGUGUAAAUGGGGCUGGGGAGAGCGAGCCAGGAAGGACAAACAGACAAAAUUCCACACAUGUAAGGAUGGAAAGGAGGACAGAAAGGAACUGCCAUAGAUCUGUGGGCAUCGGAGAGCACAUUGCUGCAUGGACAUGGGAACUGUGCUUGCAGGGCAGGCUUGGAACAACGGGUGCUGUGCAGCACUGCCCGGGGAUUUCCUACAGCCCAAAGGCCAACGGCUCAGCACCCCGACUGCGUCCCACAGCCCGCAUCCAUUGCUGUGUGCUGCACUCAGGGCAAUGCCAGUCAAUGAGCACUGUGAUAACACAGCAUGGAGAAAUCUCUGAUGUGCACAGAAAGACCCCAGCGAUCACCAGCAUGAAGGGCAUCACCACCCCGCUCCACCACCGUGCCACCAACACCUCUGCAGCGCUCACACUGCAUCCGGAGCUCGGCAGCUUUGCAGCUCCAUCUGUAGGAACCCCUGGGCAGAAGGGAAUACCUGCCAUGGGGCUGAUAGGACACUGCUGUCAUAGCAGCAUUGCUGCUGCCAGUGAGGGUUGGUGCCAGG